AUGGCCUGGACUUCAGUCCUGCUCAUGCUGGUGGCCCACCUGGCAGGUUGUGGCCCUCAGCCCAUGCUGCAUCAGCCACCGUCUGCCUUUUCCUCGCUUGGAACCACCAUCCGCCUCUCCUGUGCCCUGAGCAGCAACCAUAACAUCAACAUUUACAGCAUUUACUGGUACCAGCAGCAUCCAGGCCACCCUCCCAGGUUCCUGCUGAGAUAUUUCUCACGCUCAGACAAGCACCAGGGUCCCAAGAUACCCCCUCGCUUCUCCGGAUCCAAAGACGUGGCCAGGAACCUGGGGUAUCUGAGGAUCUCUGAACUGCAGCCCGAGGACGAGGCUGUGUAUUACUGGGCCAUGGGGCUCCGGAGCCAGGAAAAGGAGAACUGGAUGGAGAGGGAGAGAGGAGGAGAAAAGUAG